AUGUCUGCUAAUCAAGAAAAUCGCCCUGAACUUUACGAAGAAGUUAAAUUGUAUCACAAUGCCAGAGAACGAGAAAAGUACGAUAGUUUAGCAGAUCUUUAUGCAGUUAUAAACACAUUGCAACAGUUGGAAAAGGCUUACAUACGAGAUUGUGUUGUGGCUAAAGAAUAUACAGCAGCUUGCAGCAAAUUGCUUGUUCAGUAUAAAGCAGCUUUUCGACAAGUUAAAGGUGAUGAAUUUCCCACCGUUGAUGCUUUUGUGAAGAAAUACAGGCUUGACUGCCCGGCUGCAUUAGAAAGAAUAAUAGAAGACAGGCCAAUUACCAUAAAAGAUGAUAAAGGUAAUACUAGUAGGUGCAUAGCUGAUAUAGUAUCAUUAUUUAUUACACUAAUGGAUAAAUUAAGAUUAGAUAUUAGUUCCAUGGACCAAUUGCAUCCUGAUAUGAGAGAUUUGGUAGAUACUAUGAACAGGUUGAGUAUUUUGCCAUCAGAUUUCGAAGGUAAACAAAAAGUAUCUGAAUGGUUGGCAACUUUGAACUCCAUGCAAGUUUCUGAUGAAUUAUCCGAAUCGCAAAUAAGACAGUUGCUUUUUGACCUUGAGAGCUCUUAUGCCUCCUUUAAUAAAGUUUUACAUAAUUCUGCUUAA